AUGGUAAGACAUGAGGACGUGUUCGGUCAUACCACGGUCAUCUUAGAUAAAUUGAAUGAAAAUAUCUAUAGUACUGAAAAGCUGAAUCAAACAGUACUCGACAUCUCAUACCCAUGCACUUGGGUUAUACUACAUGAUAAAUCAGUUGAUUCUUGUAUUGGUGUUGGCUUUGGAAGUGUUAAACUGAUGGCAUAUGAAGGGCCAUUUGAAUGGAAGGAUGGUGAUGAUGGCGAUUCGGCCUUUCAAACCGUGCAGGGACAUUAUUUAGACUGGGCCAAAUCCUACGAUCAGCUGACUUCAAUGACGGGAUGGACAGGACCGUCCAAAGUAGCUGAUGUAACGGCUGGUUGUUUUACUCCAGAACAGCGCGACUGCGUUCGUAUUCUUGACGUGGGAGCAGGCACAGGCCUUGUUGCAAAGGAGUUGUCGAAACGAGGAUUUCGGCACAUCGAUGCUUUAGACCCCUCAGAGGCUAUGUUGAGUGAGGCUAAGAAAGUAGGCGUGUACGAAAACUAUAUCAUCGACUUCCUGUCGUCCGACUCGCCUACUUCUAUUCCAGACAAUUCCUAUGACGCUUUAACAGGAAGUGGAAUAUUUGCUGGAGGGCAUGUACCAUGCGAAGCUUUGCAUGAAAUGAUUCGACUUGUCAAACCAGGCGGUUUUGUUGUUCUAGUUGUAAGUGAUCAGUUCUUGUCUGUCAGUGAACCUUACAAGCUUCUGGAACCAAUGAUGGAUAAACUGGAAUUCGACAGAAAAUGGAAGAAAAUAUCCUCAGAAGUAUUUCCGAAUUAUUAUGGGGUCGAUUCUGGUAGAGUCUGGUGCUUCAAGAUCUGCAAAUAAAGCGUCAGAGUUUUCUUAUCCACCUUAAAUUUUAAUCUGAACUCCCCGACCCAUGGCCCAGAGACAUUUACUUAUUUCAAACUGUGAUAUUGGCCCGAAUAUCUUGGAGACCAUAUCGCACUGUCUUUGAUUGUUCAGAUAAAAAUAAAAAAAGGUGAAAGUAAA